AUGGCAGAUCAAACCAUCAAUGUACCCCAACUCCUUUUAAUCAUCCUACUCGGCGGUCUCGCUAUACGAUAUUUCUACUUUGGGGCAGCGGCAGAAGGGACCGGUGGAAGUAAUGUAGGAAGAACGAGCGCUCAUAAUGUAAGGGCUAGGGAGGCGGAUGUGGAAACGGUUCAGCAAAUGUUUCCUCAGGUUCCAAGAAGAAGCAUCAUGUGGGAUUUACAAAGGAAUGGUGGCAAUGUUGCUGCGACUACGGAAAGAGUUCUCAGUGGUAGAGGGUUGGAAACUCCUCCUCCGAGUUUCCAGCCCCCUCUUCCAGUUCAAAGCGCGCCUGUUAGCACAGCGACGUCGAAUUCAACGUCAAAACCGUUACAGCCAGAUCUGAUCACGAGGUACAAUCUGAGAGAUAAGAUUGGUUCGGAGCAAGAGUUCAACGAGGACGGGCAGAGGAAAGGCUGGAGUCAAAACAAAGGGGAACGACAGGUCUUGAUGCAAAGGAGGAAAGAGGAAAUGAUUUUAGCUGCGAGGAGAAAGAUGGAGGCAAAAGUCAAGGCCGAGGGAAGUCUAGCAAAACCUGGAAUAUAG